GCUGCUCCCAGCAUCACUCUACACAGGCGAAAUCAAAGAGGAUACAUAAGAAGAUACGCAGCUCAUUCGGCGGAAGCUUGACUGGUUUUGGUUCCUCGUCGAGGCCUUUAAAUCAUUGACAACACAGCUGUAACGGUUCUCCUAAUAUCUGUCUGGGAAGAGAAGCAAAGAUGAAGCUGUUGUGGCUUGUAGUGCUGGUGGUCGGCGCCGUGCAUGCCGACGACGACGACAAGAAGGACACCUUGGGGACUGUGAUUGGAAUUGACCUGGGGACAACCUAUUCAUGUGUUGGAGUCUUCAAGAACGGACGCGUGGAGAUCAUUGCCAACGACCAGGGUAACCGCAUCACCCCUUCCUAUGUGGCCUUCACCAGUGAGGGCGAGCGUCUGAUCGGCGACGCCGCUAAGAAUCAGCUGACCUCGAACCCGGAGAACACGGUCUUUGAUGCCAAGAGGCUGAUCGGUCGCACCUGGGGCGACUCCACCGUGCAGCAGGACAUCAAAUACCUGCCGUUCAAGGUGAUCGAGAAGAAGAGCAAGCCCCACAUCCAGGUUGACAUCGGUGGAGGCCAGAUCAAAACCUUCGCCCCCGAGGAGAUCUCCGCUAUGGUGCUGACCAAGAUGAAGGAGACGGCUGAGGCUUACCUUGGCAAGAAGGUCACGCAUGCUGUGGUUACCGUCCCUGCCUACUUUAACGACGCUCAGCGCCAGGCCACAAAGGAUGCCGGGACCAUUGCCGGUUUGAAUGUCAUAAGAAUCAUCAACGAGCCAACCGCCGCUGCCAUUGCCUACGGCCUGGACAAGAAGGACGGCGAGAAGAACAUCCUGGUGUUCGACCUGGGCGGCGGCACCUUUGACGUCUCCCUCCUGACCAUCGACAACGGCGUGUUCGAAGUGGUGGCCACCAACGGGGACACCCACCUGGGAGGCGAGGACUUCGACCAGCGCGUCAUGGAGCACUUCAUCAAGCUGUACAAGAAGAAGACGGGCAAGGACGUGCGCAAGGACAACCGCGCCGUGCAGAAGCUCCGGCGCGAGGUGGAGAAGGCCAAGCGGGCUCUGUCCGCCCAGCACCAGGCCCGCAUCGAGAUCGAGUCCUUCUUCGAGGGAGAGGACUUCUCCGAGACCCUGACCCGUGCCAAGUUCGAAGAGCUCAACAUGGACCUGUUCCGUGCCACGAUGAAGCCUGUGCAGAAAGUCCUGGAAGAUUCGGACCUCAAGAAGUCCGAGAUCGAUGAGAUUGUGCUCGUGGGAGGCUCCACCCGCAUCCCUAAAAUCCAGCAGCUGGUGAAGGAGUUCUUCAACGGGAAAGAGCCGUCCAGGGGCAUCAACCCCGACGAGGCCGUGGCAUACGGAGCUGCUGUCCAGGCCGGAGUGCUUUCCGGAGAAGACGACGCCGGAGAAGUGGUCCUCCUGGAUGUCUGCCCCCUCACCCUUGGUAUUGAGACCGUUGGAGGAGUCAUGACCAAACUGAUCCCCAGGAAUACUGUGGUGCCUACAAAGAAGUCUCAGAUCUUCUCUACUGCCUCAGACAACCAGCCUACUGUUACAAUUAAGGUCUAUGAAGGUGAGCGUCCUCUGACGAAAGACAACCACCUGCUGGGCACCUUCGACCUGACGGGCAUCCCCCCCGCCCCCCGUGGAGUCCCCCAGAUCGAAGUCACCUUUGAAAUCGACGUCAACGGCAUUCUGCGCGUCACCGCCGAAGACAAGGGAACGGGCAACAAAAACAAGAUCACCAUCACCAACGACCAGAACCGGCUGACGCCCGAGGACAUCGAGCGAAUGGUGAACGACGCCGAGCGCUUCGCCGACGAGGACAAGAAGCUGAAGGAGAGGAUCGACGCCCGCAACGAGCUGGAGAGCUACGCCUACUCUCUGAAGAACCAGAUCGGGGACAAGGAGAAGCUCGGAGGCAAGCUGUCGGACGAGGACAAGGAGGCCAUCGAGAAGGCUGUGGAGGAGAAGAUCGAGUGGAUGGAGUCCCACCAAGAUGCCGACCUGGAAGACUUCCAGGCCAAGAAGAAGGAGCUGGAGGAAGUGGUUCAGCCUAUUAUCAGCAAGCUGUACGGUAGUGCAGGCGGACCUCCACCAGAGGGCGCCGAGGAGCAGGAGAAAGAUGAGUUGUAGAGAGGCUUGAAGUCAACAGUUGCCCCUUUUUCCCUUUGGGUGGCAUCGACAUGAACUUGAAGUGAUGGGACUCAAUAGUGAGAGGAGUGGCUGGGAAGGGGGCGACGAUAACAAGCAACCAUGCUGAAUUUUCUAAGACUUGAAGA